AUGUACUCCCUCCGCCUCACUCUCACCACCCUCCUGACCCUCUCCUCCCUCGCGGCCUGCAGCCUCACCGACUCCCCCAUGUCUUCCCUCCACGCCCUCUUCGCCCGACAAUCCAACAGCGGCGGGAGCAGCGCCUGCAUCGAUGCUAUCGACAGCGGCUGUCUCGGAUCGUCUCCGACAGAGAGCAGCUGCCGCAACGCCGUCUGCUCCAACAGCUGUCUGGGCCUAGUCCCGACGCUUUCGAAAUGUUGUGACGCGCAGACCUCGGGCAUCGCGGCCUUUGAGAACUGUGUCCUGGGUGAAAUCGAUGCCGCUCAGGCGAGCGUCACGGGGACCACGGCGGGCGCUAGUCCGACGGCGCCGGCGUCGACUGCUACCACGGCGGUUAAGACGGGCGGCGGGAAGAGAGUUGGGCCGACGACGGGUCGGUUGGGUGAGGUUGGGACGCUGGCUGCUUGGGCGCUUUCGUUGUUGUUUCUCUAG